GCUCGGGAGGGAAAGGAAGGGCUUCGGGGCUGAGUCAGAGGCGAGAGAGUCCUUGGCCAGCCUUCAGCCCGGAUCAUUGGAGCAGGAGCCGCCGACGGGAUGCUCGCCUGCCUCGUCCUGGGACUGGGGCUCUGCGCCUUGGCCCUGAGAGUCGCCCAAGGAGAGCCCUUGACAGCUACUGCUUGCCCUGGAGGCCAGUCCUGGAGCCCUGAUUUGGAGAAAUGCAUGGAUUGCGCUGUGUGCCGAUUCCAGAACAUGAAUGACUUCUGUUCUUCAUGUGGAGACCCUCAACCUCCAGACACAUUCAAUUUGUGGCUCUUUGUGGGAGUGCCUUUGGCAGCUGUCUUUCUGCUGAGUCUUACUGUGGGCAUAAUAACUUAUGCCCGCUGUCGGCGGCGGGAAAAAUUCACCACCCCCAUUGAGGAGACCGGAGGGCACUCGGCUCAGGAAUCGCUGAUACACUGAAGAUCUUUCCCGCAGCAUUUCAAACGAAAGAAGAGAUGUCAACUUUCAUUACCUCUGGCUUUUUCUGAAGAUACCAGGAGGACAUUUUCUUCUGCCCUGGAGUUCAGGGCCUUACAUUCAUUUGAGCGCAUAGAUGGGCACAUGAGAAGCUGAUGUGCUGUGAGGUCAACUGCUCCAGUGCCUUGUAAACAUUUCAGGAAAAACAAGACAAAAAGUAUUGGUGAUCCCUUUUGUAAAGGCACAUCAGCCUUCCCCUUAAUUUUUUUUUGGCUACUGGGAAGGAGCAGAAGGGAUCAAUUAAAUCUUCCAGGAUCUAAUGCCUCAUAUUGAGGCGCUUGAUUUUUCGUAACUGGGAUACAGCUGUGGGGAAACUUGCAGCUCCCACAUCCUGGAAGAUCACAGAUGCUGCUGUGACAUUUCCCUUUGGGGAGCAGCUUAAAGCAAAUCUAAAUGUGAUUUCCUCCAUGAUUUAUAUACAGCUGGCCCUCCACAUGAGUGGGUUUAACUUUUGCGGGAUUAUUCAGAAAUUGACCAUAGCUAGAGUUUCCUAAUGGAAACAUUUCUCUGGGGUCCUUCAGCACAAGUCUAUAGUCAGCUGAAGUCAUGAUAGAAGACCUAGAGAUUCCUAGUGAGAACACUUCUGUAGGCUAUCGAACACAUGUCCAUAGUCAACAUCUGGUGAAAGUUGACCAUAGAGUUACAUUAAAGGACCUAGGGAUUCCUAGAGAGGUUAAUUAUCUUAAGUAUUUGUAAGACCUCCAGGUCUGUGGUCAACAUCUGGAGAAGUUCAACUUAGAGUAGGCAUGGGCAAACUUGGGCCGUCCAGGUGUUUUGGACUUCAACUCCCAUCAUUCCUAACAGACUCAGGCCCCUUCCUUUUCCCCCUCAGCCGCUUAAGCGGCUGAGGGGGAAAAGGAAGGGGCCUGAGUCUGUUAGGAAUGAUGGGAGUUGAAGUCCAAAACACCUGGAAGACCCAAGUUGGCCCAUGCCUGCCUUAGAGUGACACUGGAGAACCUAAAGAGGUAUUCUUUCAAGUUUAAAAAAGUGUUUUUAAUUGUGAUUUUUCCACUUUUGCGUGGGUCUUGCACCCCAAACCAAUGUGGAGGGCCCAUUGUAUAUACUUGGAGAGAGAGAAAAAAAUAGUGUGUUAAGGCUCUCCAAGGGCCCUUUUUGACACUACACAACAAUAUCACUAUGAUUCCACUCCAUCCUGUUGGGAUUCUGACACUGGCCAUUGAGAAUUCUCUGUCGGGAAGCUUUAGUGCAGGCAAGGGCGAACUUUGGCCCUCCAGAUGUUUUGGACUUCAACCCCCACAAAUCCUAACAAAUCCGAAAUCCCUGGAGGGCCAAAGUUUGCCCGUGCCUGCCUUAGUGGCUCCUCAAACGACAAAUCCCAAAAGUUUAUAGGGGAACCAUAAUGUUAUCCAUGUGUCGCGUGACAAGAGUCCUGGGAGAAGGACAAGAUGAGCCACUUGUGCGGUUUUCUCUUUGCAGCGGCUGGGCCAUUGUGAAGAGGGGAAAAAGAAAGGUCACAAGUUAAAUAGGAACUACGUUGAUGUGAGUUCCUCCCUCCUCCUGCUCCUCUUCCUCGGUGCUCGUGCAGAGAGGGUGCUAUUUAUGUCUUCUAUUAUCACAAAGAGAACUUUUAAUUAUCUAAGUGUGUGUUUUCCAGGCGUGAUUUUUUAAAGAAAAAAUCAACAGCAUGUCAGAAUGAAUUAGAGUUGGUGAGUUUAAAUAAAAUAAAGUUUAAUUCUUGAUGAAA